ACCACAACCACAACCACAACCACAACCACAACCACAACCACUGAUCGACGGCUUCCUCCUCCCCCUCCAAUCCAUCGUCCUGAUACCCUCUUGCUCGGCACAAUGACUGCACCACCGCCAUCGCUGCCCUCAACUGCGAGCCUGACCAAGCGCAAGCUCGACGAUGUGCUCUCCGUGUUUCAAGUCAAGCGCCAUGCCCAUGCCGAUGGGACAGCAUCGCAGCAGCAGCCACCACACUCUUACCGCAUCCGACUCGGCGACACCGAUCUGCUCGACCGGAUCUCGACUUUCAAAGAGUCGUUCUGGUUCGGCAAACCGGAUACGCUGUCUGCCGCAGUAUGCGCCCACCACGGUUGGUGCGGAUACGCCCUCAAUACGCUUCGUUGCUCGUCCUGCCAUACGAUCCUCAGCUGCCAUCUCCAGGGAGCCGAAGCGCACGAUUCAGACGCUGCCGAGUUUCGGGCCCGAUUGCAAACAGCCCAUAACGAGCGGUGUCCAUGGAGAUCCUUCACAACCCCGGAAACCGCGUACAAGUUCCCGAUCGUAUCCAACGACUACGCGGAAAAGGCCUUCCGCAGCCGUAUGGACUCGUUUCUGGACUGCCGUGACGAUAUACCCAGUGUCAGCUCAUCCAAGAUCCUCCCCCAUCUCAAAGAGAUUCUGAAGCAUGUGUCGGACGAUCUGUCUCUUUCGUCUCGGCCUGUUUCCCCGCCGGCCCUACAGUCGAUUGUGAUGCUCUCGCUGGCCGGAUGGGAGUGUCAUCGUGGAGCACCCGGCCGCACGACAGCCAAAUGCCAUCUCUGCCAUAGGGUUGUGGGUCUGUGGAAUUUCGCCCGGGCCACGGCAUCUCGGGAGAACCAAGACCUGGAGGGCACUCCAACGGCCGGAGCCGUGCCAGACGAUGAUACUCGGCUACUUGAUGUCGUUGCCGAGCAUCGACGAUAUUGCCCGUGGGUGACCGCUGGCACCGAUUCAACUGCUCGUGCCGUACAUCAUCAGUACCACCCCGAAGCCACUGUUUCGGCACGGCCACUUGUCACAAACAUCGACCAGAAGAUCAGCGAGGCGACAAAGUACUUGGAUCAAUUGCUGCCCAAGAGGGACCAAUCGAGACACACCUAGGUCGACAGCAAAGCCCACGUCCUCUGCCUGCUUGGGAUGGGGCUGUGCGAACUCGCUUCGGCUCUCGUGCGCA